AUGAUCAGACUCGAAGAUAUUUCCAUGGGGCCUGUAUUGCUGACUGGGGUGCUUCUACUUGUAGUCGGCCUGCAUCUCAUUCGACCGGGACUACUCGGCUACCAAUUUGAUGGCUUUCCCAGCGUGAAUCCUCGAAAGCCCUGGGAGAUUGUCAAUGUCUUCGCCCAAAGAAGAUUUCAACGGGACGGACCCAAAUAUCUGCAAGCUGGGUUUGCAAAGUCGCCCAUCUUUAGCGUGGUCACCGACCUGGGGCCAAAGUUAGUGGUGUCUGGGGCCUUCAUCGAGGAAUUCAAAGAUGAAAAAUUGUUGGACCAUUGGAGGGCGAUGAUUGAGGACUUCAUGGCAGAGGUUCCUGGUUUCGAGUCGAUGUUUCUGGGGAAUCUUCACAAUACGGUUCUUCGUGAUGUGAUUUCCGUCAUCACGCGUGAACUAGAACAGUUACUGUCUCCCCUCUCGGAUGAAGUGUCUGCCGCUUUGGUAGAAACCUGGACAGACUCGUCAGACUGGCAUGAGGUAGCAUUACUCCCUAGCAUGCUGAGGUUGAUUGCGAAAGUCUCAUCUCUCGUUUUCGUGGGCGAACCGCUGUGCCGUAACCCGGUCUGGCUGGAGACAGUGAUUAAUUUUACCAUCAUUCGGCACCAUGCAAUCCUAGCACUCCACAAGUGCCCUGCUGUUCUUCGGCCUGUCCUUCACUGGCUGCUCCCUCCAUGCCAGAAGCUCCGGCGGGAAAUCGGAACUGCACGAAAACUGAUUGAUUCUUCUCUGGAAAUUUCAAGGAAAAAUCCGCAGACUGAAAAGUUUUCCAGCGUUGCGUGGAUCGACGCUUUUGCCAGCGGUAAGAAGUAUGAUGCAGCCAUGGUGCAGCUAAGACUGGCAAAUGCGUCCAUUCACUCCAGUGCCGAUCUCUUGGUCAAAGUGCUUAUUAACCUAUCCGACCAGCCAGGCUUGAUUCAGGACCUGCGGGAGGAAAUUAUUUCCGUUCUCGGGGAGAAUGGAUGGCGAUCCUCAACACUCAACCAAUUAAAGCUUGUUGAUAGUGUUUUGAAAGAGAGCCAGCGACUACAUCCAGUAACGACCGGGUCAUUUUCGCGCUUUACCCGGCAGAACAUCAAGUUGCCCAAUGGCACCGAGAUUCCCACCGGAACACCGGUUAUGGUGACCAACGAUGUCGCUGGUGAUGCCAGUAUCUAUCCUGAUCCCGAUGUCUUUGACGGGUAUCGGUACUUGAGAAUGCGUGAAGGAGCAGACAAGGCUCGAGCACCGUUCACAACGACGGGUCAAAACCACCUUGGGUUUGGGUACGGGAAGUAUGCCUGUCCCGGUCGAUUCUUUGCCGCAACCGAGAUCAAAAUAGCGCUCUGCCAUAUGUUGUUGAAGUAUGAAUGGAGGCUGGUAAAGGACAAACCGCAUAGUGUGAUCGCAAGUGGGUUCGCGUCGUUCCGUGACCCACGAGCAAGCAUAGAAGUCCGAAGACGUGUGCCGGUGGGGGAGGAGCUCGCAGUAUUGACUGGAAAGAAGUGA